ACACAACCCUCACACAACCCUUCUCCAGCUGCAUAACAACAUGUACCCGGACCCUCUCCUGCCUCCACAAACGCCACUGCGGUCGCUCCAGUUUGAUUCACAUCUGAGUUCACAUUGGGACUGAGGUGCAGCAACACCUGAUUCAAGCUGAAUAUUUUUUUUCCAACUGUAUCAAAAUAAGAUCAGCUUGAGAUUUAUUUUAUUAUCCUGUGAGAGAGUUCUACCAGAAGAUUCCGGGCCGGGACUUUGGGCUCGCUGCUCCGUUGGACCGUAAGUUCUGUCUGGGAGCUGAGCACGAGGCUGUCCAGCCACCGGUGGAUGCAGAAGACGGACGUCACCAUGUGGAUCCCCACCCCCAGCAUGACCGUCCCGCAGCGCGUGGUGCUGUACGCCGCGGCGGGCCUGGCGCUGGUCAACACCCUGGGCUUCCUGGUGCUGUUGGUGCAGCUGAACCAGCAAGGGGUCCGCCUGGAUCGGACGGAGAGCCGGCUGGCGCUGGUGGAGCAGAGCUCCGUGGUGGAGUUCCUCCAGGAGGUGCCCAGGAGAGGUGCGUCGCUGCAGGGGGCACCGACGCGGGGGGAGCAAGCCCAGUACUCCAGGAACAAGAGGAGUCAGGAGGGGGAGAAGGAGGAGAUGAUGGAGACGACGGAACCCACCCAGGACGACACACUGGACCUGGGCCAUCAACAGCACCACCACCACAGUCAGGAGGAGCUGCUGGUCCAGGAAGCAGGGGAGGACUUUGGGAGGAAGGUGAUGAGCGAGGGCAAGGGCAAGCACAAGCAGCGUCACCAUGGACACCACAAGGUGGAGGUUCAGGACGACAUGAUGACGAUGAUGACCUACUCCAUGGUCCCGAUCAAACUGCUCAUUGAUAUUUGCAACAGCACUAAGGGAGUAUGCAUCGCAGGACCGCCAGGGCCUCCAGGGCUGCCCGGUCGGGACGGGCUGCCGGGCCACAAUGGGACUGAUGGCAUCCCAGGCCUGAAUGGAGUGCCCGGGGCCGACGGGAAACGUGGCAAAAGAGGUGACCCAGGUGAAGCAGGCCAACCAGGGGAUGCAGGCCCGCCAGGUGAUGCAGGCCCGCCAGGUGAUGCAGGCCUGCCAGGUGAAGCCGGGGCACCGGGUGAAGGAGGAGAGCCGGGACUGCAGGGCUCCCCUGGAGAGAAGGCCGCAGCCUCCAAUGAAGUCAUGCUCGAAGGUCCCCAAGGGCCCCCCGGUCCUCCGGGGACCCCGGGACCCAUGGGGCCCCCAGGUCCUGCCGGCCCCCAGGGGCCCCCCAGAACCAAGAGUCAGCGACCCCAUCAGCACGCUUCACAGACCAUGGAUCCACUGCAUGCCGUGCCCAACGACGAGAACGCGCACAGAAAAUUGAGUGAGACGCCAGCUCCAAAGAAGGAGUGCCUGAUCAAAUCACUGAUCAACCCCAGGAACGUGAUCAAGAUGACGAAAACGUUCGGCACGUGGAUGAAAGACACGGCCCGGCCCAACGACGAGCGCAUUUGGGUGGCCGAACACUUCUCAGGCCGCGUGGUAAUGGAGUAUAAAACCGGCGGAUCCUUCCAGAACCACAGCAGUGAGGUGAUUGAUUUGAAGAAGUUCUACCAGGGCUGCGGCCACAUGGUCCACAACGGAUCCUUGUAUUUUCACAUCGCCGGGACCUCAAACAUCGGCAGAUUCGACCUGUUGACCAAGAAGCCAACAGGUCACCUGUCCAUUAACAACGCCAUGCACCACAGCCUCUCCUACCUGCUGGCCAACUCCAAGACCUACUUCAAAGUGGCGGUGGACGAGAACGGCAUGUGGCUGAUCUUCGCGUCGAGCGUGGACGAGAGCAUCAUGGUGGCUCAGCUGGACCAGAAGACCUUCUCCGUCACGUCCUACAUCAACACCACCUACCCGCGCACCAAGGCCGGCAACGCCUUCAUCACCUGCGGCGUCCUCUACGUCACCGACACCAAGGACACCAGGGUCAGCUUCGCCUUCGACCUGCUGAAGGGGAAGCCGGUCAACGUGACCUUUGACCUGAGGUCUCCCGGGGGCGUGCUGGCCAUGCUCUCCUACAGCCCCAAAGAACGCCUCCUGUACGCGUGGGACCACAGCCACGUGCGGCUCUACGUGGUUCACUUCCUGUCUGACGACUGAGUAUGUCUAUGUAUAAUGUAUGUAUUUAUAUCGUAUAUACACCGCGCACAAACAGGUACUCGAACAAUCAUGAUCACGUGUUCUUUCCAUGGGACGUAAGCAUGUUUUUAAAAGCUUUGGCUGACUGCUGCCAUAUCUUUUUAUUGUUGUCCUAUUUUCUAGGCGUCAUCCGUAAGACUUAAGUAUACGAGAGCUCAAAUGUAUGUUUUUACUAAGGUUUGCAAUACAAAUAAGUUGUAUAAUAUGGUUCGAUUUUAAUAUUAUUUGAUUGGGAAUCCAAGCAUUCAUUCCGUAUUUAUUUAUUGUGGUUCAUUGUUAAACUGAACAUUUGUGCUGUAUUUAUUCCCUGCUCUUGCGUUGGAUAAGAAACCAUGAACCACAUAAUAUUGUGAAAGCGCUUUGUUGUCAUUUAUGAGAAUUUCAACUUACUUCCUGGUUUCAAUGUAGUUUCUUGUGCACGAUUUUUCCUCAUCUAUAAAUUGCAUGUGAAUCAAAUAGAAUAGAACGUAAUUCCAGAACCUUCCAAUACUUUGGUUCAGACAAAAUGUCCCCAGCCUUGCAGUGAUGACCACAAGUAGUGACAGCAAACCAAAAGACCAAAGCAGCAUAAAAAUCAACCCGAUGAAAUCAAAAUAAUUUAUUAACCUUACAAAGGCAGCAGUCUGACAACGGCGGUUCUCCCACAAGCCUCCAGACUCAAGUGCUCUGGGGUCUCCCUACGUUGUUGGCCUCAUACUUGCAUUAGGUGUAGCCUACACACAUCCACACAUACAGACACACACACACACACACAUGCAUACAUCAUACAAAACCACACGCAACAGCACACACUAUUUGGACCACUAUUGAAACACAUAGAUGCAUACAGUACACAUGGCGGGCGAUGGUGGGAGAGAAACACAAAUCCUUUUAAUAAAUACCACACAUACACUUAACAAAAGGUACAUCUAUUCCAGCUGGUAUGUUCAAAAUAAAGAAAACAUUUUUAUGUUUGUACAAGCUGUUGUGGUACUUCAUAUAUAUAUAUUUAUUUAUAUUUAUAUACUUUAUAUUAAAACUAUUUCAAACUUCUCACUACUCUGCCAAAUAAAGCCAGACAUUCAUUUGUA